ACCAUGUCCAGGCGGAAGCAAGCCAAGCCGCAGCACAUCGACUCGGACUCGGACCCGGCGCUGGACCCGCACGGGAUUCCUCUGGACGCUCAAGCCGAGGACGCUGGAAACGAGAUGAAGAGGAUCCGACUGGACGAGACCAGAGUCUGCAACAAGUGCUGUGCCGAGUUCUUUGAUGAAGCAGAGUUCCUCGAGCACGAGAAGAGCUGCACUAAACGCCAGCAUGUGGUGGUCAUGAAGGACCGGGAGGGCCACGACGGCUCGGAGGGAUACUCACACGGCUCUCCCGAGGGUCCGACCAGCGACCAGGACGAUAGCCAGUCCAGUGGUCACUCCUUAUCAAACGCUAACGCCGACCAGCUGGACCGAGCGGAGGAGGAGUCCAGCAUGAACGCAGAUGACUCGGGACAGCAGGAUCACGGAGACGUGUCUGGUAGCCCCGGGAUGACUUUCAACCCCUCACCCCAGAUGCACGACUCCAACGUCACCCUGGAAACCAUGCCGGACACCAAAGUGGCCGUCUCGCAACAUUCCUCCUCGAGUAGCUCGUCGCUGAGCUCGCCGCAGGAGAGCGUGCAGACCAUCCCGAUGAUCCUGGAGCAGCUGGUGUGCCUCCAGCAGCAGCAGCUCCAUCAGAUCCAGCUCACGGAACAGAUCCGGAUCCAAGUGGCCAUGAUGACGCCGCAUGGUCUCCAGGGGUCUGUCGGGGCGGUGGUGGACCCCCUGAAAGCUCUCGGUGCUCAUCUGUCUCAGCAGCUGUCGGCUGCAGCCGCUCUGAUCGGGAAACGGACCGGCAGCCUGUCGAUGGAGACGAUGAAGCAAGGUAAACUACCUCAGCCCUCUCUGCCGGGUUCGGUGACUUCUAAAUCGGACAUUUUUAAGGGCCUUCCAGAUCUGGCCGGCCGGUUACCCGCGCUGCCGCCCCAGUCGUCCAGUGGCAUGGGUUUCCAAAGCACCUUCAACGGUAUUCAAGCAGGAGUGGAUUCCUCCAAAAAGGUGAAGACGAAGACACCGAUCCCCGCGCCGGAACUGAAGAACGGAGACUCGUUAUACCGGCACAAGUGUAAGUACUGCGGAAAGACCUUCGGCAACGACAGUGCUCUCCAGAUCCACUUGCGUUCCCACACGGGCGAGCGGCCCUUUAAGUGUAACAUCUGUGGAAACCGCUUUACGACCAAAGGAAACCUCAAAGUGCAUUUCCAGCGACACAGAGACAAGUACCCGAGCAUCACCAUGAACCCUCAUCCUGUGCCGGAGCACCUUGACAAUAUUACCACCACCAGUGGAAUUCCCUUUGGCAUGUCUAUACCCAUGGACGAGUCCAACAUGACAGAAAUCAAACCCAUCCUAAGCCAUCCCGCCGCCGGGUUCCAGCCGUCACCGAUACCCGUGUUCAAGUCCACGUUUGACAGCUUUGGAGGGGACCCGUAUUCACAGAGACCCUCACCGUCGGCAAGUGACAGCUCUCAGUCUGCUCCCUCUCAGGUGUUUGCUCAGGAGACCGGACCGAGUCAUCAUCAGAAGGAAGCUAAAGAGCUGCUGGGACCACUGCUUCAUAUGAAUGGCAACUCCCACCCAGUGGAACACAGCUCUGGGACGGCGAAGCUUCAGCAGAUGGUGGACGGCCUGGAGAAGAGGACCAGCGAUCCCAACGAGUGUGUGAUCUGCCACCGGGUGCUCAGCUGCCAGAGCUCACUCAAGAUGCACUACCGCACCCACACCGGAGAGAGGCCGUACAAGUGCAAGAUCUGUGGCCGCGCCUUCUCCACCAAGGGGAACCUGAAGGCUCAUUAUGGGGUGCACCGGGCCAACACUCCGCUGAAGAUGCAGCACUCCUGUCCCAUCUGCCAGAAGAAGUUCACCAACGCUGUGGUUCUGCAGCAGCACAUCCGCAUGCACAUGGGCGGCCAGAUUCCCAACACCCCAGUGCCGGAAAACCAGUUCGAAGAGGCAGAAGCAAUGGAACAUCUCCCAGAGGAGAAGCACAUGGACAGCAAUGGUUUUGAGGCCAGCAUGGAGGAUCCUGAGCCGGAGCUGAACUCCGAGAAGCCAAACGACCCGUUAGAAUCCCUCCCGCCUGCCGCAGAGGAACAACCACAACCGCAGCUUGCUCCCCCGGUGGUGUUUUCCAGUCUAGAUAUCCUGAAGAACCUCACCUCGGCUCUUGCACUGAAACGACAGACCAGCACUGCCUCGGAGAGCGAGGGAACAUUCAAAGAAUCCCCGUCGGCUCCCAGAGAGCCGGAAUAUCACAACGGCCGCAGUCCCGCUAUUUCCGACUCGGCCGCGUCUUUUCAUUCCUCCUCUCCGUUAAACAACCACAUGAGUAGCAAGUCACCGGAGUCUGCUGUGGAGGACUUCACCUACAGUGCACCAAAGCUGGAGUGUGAUGCUGGCACUCAGGAGGACACCGAGUCAAGUGGAGCCCUUGACCUCACAGCAUCCAGCAACUUCACCCCCAAAGCCAUCAAAGAAGAACCUGGCAUGCCGUUCACCAACGGAGACUACGUUCCGAGCAACAUGUCUUUCAUGAGGAUGCCGUCGAGUCUGGCCAGUUUGGAGAUGAAGAUCCCCUCGGAGAAUCCCUUGGGUCCUCACGGUCUGUUCAGCUCUCACAUGCCUCAGGGAACCGCCAUGACCUCCUCCAUCUCCUCCUCCGCCGCUCGCCGGUCCACCAAGCAGCACGUGUGCAACGCCUGCGGCAAGAACUUCUCCUCGGCCAGCGCCUUGCAGAUCCACGAGCGCACUCACACGGGGGAGAAGCCUUUCGCCUGCAACGUGUGUGGCAGGGCGUUCACCACCAAGGGGAAUCUCAAGGUGCACAUCGGCACUCACAUGUGGAACAACUCCUCCCGCCGCGGCCAGCGCCUCUCUCUGGACAACCCCCUGACCCUGAUGGCGAUGAGCGCCGAGGCUCAGAUGAUGCCAGAGAUGAUGCAGGCCCCCCAGGAGAUGGGCGCCCCCCCCAUGAGCUUCGACCCGUCUCUGUGGAACCAGUACGCUGCGGCCUUCAGCGGCGGCCUGACCAUGAAGACCAACGAGAUCUCGGUCAUCCAGGGCGGCGGCAUCCCGCACCCCGGCAGCCCUGCGGGGGGGCUUCUCAUCGGAUCCACCGGGGGUCUGGUGAAGAUGGACGGCUCCCACUCGGGCUCGGCCUCGGUGGCUGAGAUGGAGAAGAACAGCUCUGACAGUGGGCCAAAAUCCCAGUUCCCUCAUUUUAUGGAGGAGGGUAAAAUCGCAGUCAAUUAG